GCCACUCUUAUUCGCUAGUUGGUGCAGGUGAUAAGAGCCGUUCUAGUUAAGGAUUAUUGCGAGAAAAAUGUUGGCAAAGUUUCUACUAGUGUUUAUUUUUACUAAUGUAAUUUUGCACGUUUAUUCAGCUGGAUUUUCAUAUUAUGCCUCACCCUACAAAACAAACUGGUUUGCCGCGGUGGAGACCUGCAAUCGGAUGGGCAUGCGAUUGGCCGUUCUAGACACAGCGGAGAAGCACGAAGAAGCCGUCCAUUUUGGUAAGGUGGUUAAGCCCCAAAGUACGCAAUUCUUCGGAUUCUGGCUGGGGGCAAGUGACUUGGCCUACAAGGGUGGCAGCUUCAUGUGGCACGAUUCGGGAAAUUGGGUGCAGUUUGCCCGCUGGAACCCAGGUGAACCGAGCGGAGGCAGUGAACAUUGUGUAACGCUGUUAUAUUGGCCGGAAGCUAAAUUCAACUGGACCUGGAACGAUGCAUCCUGUGAAACGACUCUGUGUGCACUGUGUGAGCCAAAAGUGUGCUAACUAUUGAUAUUCAGUUGUUCCGAACACUUCAGAUCAGGAAACAGAAACAAAAUAUCGUAUGUUUUUCCACGUUUCAAGUAACCAGUAUCGGUGAAAGAAACGGUUUUGUCAACUCAAACAUAGUUAUAUGAAAGAUAAUGGACUAUAUCUAUCGCA